AGGUUUUCUAACAUCAUCCUGUCCUGUGUCCUCAGCAAGUGCAGGAGCUAUGGCGACCUACAAGUUAAUGCGAAGCAGCUUAGGGCUUUUAAACGGUCUAAAAUGUCAUUUUAAAUGUGUGGGUCAAACCCAGUAUGGCGUGUUUACUCAGUCGAAAGUGCUGCAGAACGCAAGAUGCUAUUCCUCAAGCCACAUGUCCGUGCAGGAGAGAAUUGAGCAGAAACGGCAGGCAGCGCUGACAGGAGGAGGACAGUUGAGAAUAGCAGCACAGCACAAACGGGGUAAACUGACAGCGCGCGAGAGAGUGGAGCUCCUGUUGGACGCGGAUUCGUUCGUGGAGUAUGACAUGUUUGUGGAACAUCGAUGCUCCGACUUUGGCAUGGAGGCAGAUCAGAAUAAGUACCCAGGAGACAGCGUAGUAACCGGACAGGGACGGAUCAAUGGCAGACUGGUCUAUGUUUUUAGCCAGGACUUCACAGUGUUUGGAGGCAGUUUAUCAGGAGCUCACGCUCAGAAGAUAUGCAAGAUUAUGGAUCAGGCGAUGUUGGUGGGUGCUCCAGUGAUUGGUCUCAAUGACUCUGGUGGAGCCCGCAUUCAGGAAGGUGUCGAGUCUCUUGCAGGAUAUGCUGAUAUUUUCUUGCGUAAUGUGAUGGCCUCAGGCGUUGUUCCUCAGAUCUCUCUCAUCAUGGGUCCGUGCGCAGGUGGAGCUGUCUAUUCACCUGCUCUCACAGAUUUCACUUUCAUGGUGAAGGACACGUCCUACCUUUUUAUCACAGGCCCAGAUGUGGUAAAGUCUGUUACAAAUGAAGAUGUUACCCAGGAGGAGCUUGGAGGAGCAAAAACCCACACAGCUGUGUCAGGUGUUGCUCAUCGGGCCUUUGAGAAUGACAUUGAUGCCCUUUUGAACUUGCGAGACUUUUUCAACUUUCUUCCACUUAGUAAUAAAGAUUCAGCUCCAGUUGUUGAGUGCCAUGACCCUCGAGACCGGCUGGUUCCUGGUUUGGAUACUGUUGUUCCUUUUGAAAGCACAAAGGCCUAUGACAUGUUGGAUAUUGUUCAUGGUAUAGUAGACGAGAGGGAAUUCUUUGAAAUUAUGCCCAACUACGCCAAAAAUAUUGUGGUGGGGUUUGCCAGGAUGAAUGGCCGGACGGUGGGCAUAGUAGGAAACCAACCAAAAGUGGCGUCUGGCUGUUUGGACAUAAAUUCAUCUGUUAAAGGUGCUCGCUUUGUACGAUUCUGUGACGCCUUCAACAUUCCCAUCAUCACAUUUGUGGAUGUGCCUGGAUUUCUGCCAGGCACAGCUCAAGAGUACGGCGGCAUCAUCAGACAUGGAGCCAAGCUGCUGUAUGCUUUUGCAGAAGCAACGGUUCCAAAAAUCACUGUCAUCACUAGGAAGGCUUACGGAGGUGCUUAUGAUGUGAUGAGCUCCAAACAUUUGAGAGGAGACGUGAACUACGCCUGGCCAACUGCUGAGGUCGCAGUGAUGGGUGCAAAGGGUGCUGUUCAAAUCAUCUUCAGAGGAAAGCAGAACCAAGCGGAGGCUGAAGCUGAAUAUGUGGAGAAGUUUGCCAAUCCCUUCCCUGCUGCUGUCAGAGGCUUUGUGGAUGACAUCAUUCAGCCCUCCACCACCCGCAGGAGGAUAUGCAGAGACCUGGAGGUCCUGGCCAGCAAGAAACAGACCAACCCCUGGAAGAAACAUGCUAACAUUCCCUUGUAAAUCUCACUAGAACACUAGCUUUAGAGCAGGGGUGCCCAAACUCAGUCCUGGAGGACCGAUGUCCUGCAGAGUUUAGUUCCAACCCCAAUUAGACACAACUGAAUCAGCUAAUCAAGCUCUUUCUAGGUAUACUAGAAACUUCCAGGCAGGUGUGUUGAAAGAAGGUGGAGCUAAACUAUGCUGGACACCGGCCCUCUAGGAUCGAGUUUGGGCACCCCUGCUUUAGAGCAUUUCACAACAGCAUCUGUGGUUAGACUAGAGAAAACAUCAUGAUUUCACAUGGUUCCUUGUGCCUUAUUCCCGUCCGUAUGCAUUAUUUAAACAUUCUCCAAUCAAUAAAACACUCCCACGGUUCAUGAUUACACAUUU